GACAAUAGGCGAGUAUAUCAUUGCUUGCUCAGAGCUUAUUCUUCUUAGGUCUUAGAUAGAAGUCAGAUGUCGAACAUGUAUUUUGAAACCGUCGAAUUCAGACAGCCUGAGGAUACACGCGUCUUUUCAUCAAGAUUGGCUUUGAGGAGAAAGUCUGCAACUAGUCUCCAAUGCAACAAAAUACGUGUACUAGUUAUUGGCGCUUCUAGUGUUGGUAAAUCGACGCUGAUAAAACAGUUAACGGAGAAACGGUUCAGGGAGGAUUUUUCCAUUGAUGAUCGCAAUCAAGACGAUGAAGGAGCAAUGAUAGUCGAGUUAAUGGAGAUAAAUGUUAACCUUGUGGACACAUUGAAAGAACUGGCAAUUCAAACAGCACAAGCCUAUAUUUUGAUAUAUUCAUAUGAGAAUCCGGUGGAGUCGUUUGAUUAUAUAAGCAAAAUUAAGCAAGAAAUAGACGAAUUGAAAGGGGAUGGGAUGCCGAUUGUAUUAGUUAGUAAUAAAGCUGACACUCCGCACGGACAAGUUCCGCAAACGAGUAAACAGUCUGAGGUUUAUGUCUGGGGAUUGCCUCAUACAGAAAUAUCACUUAAUACUGGGAUGAACAUAGGUGAGGUAUAUCGACAUCUUUUCACUCAUCCUAUACUACAGAGAAUGAUAGACGUAGUUUCAUUGAUUAACGCUUCAUCAGUUGCAUCCUGUGUACGUAGAAUGUCGCUCCCAGCUUUCCAUGUUCAGGAGAGAAGGUCAUUUACCUGUAUAAAAGUACCGUCAGAAGGAGUACCGGAAACACUGUCCGAGAAUACACCGGAAACUAAAAGACAAUUCCCAGAAACGCCAACUCUGCGAAAACAACCUACAUCUAAAUGGUCUAAAUUUCAGCGCUUUUUUGCAAGACUUAAAGUAAGAAAGUAAUAAAAUAGAAAUAAAACAAUAGGGGAUGAAUAUAAUGAGUGUGAAAGACACUGACAUGUUCUUAUAACAGGUUUAUUAUACAACUGUUAAAACAUAAAAAUAUCGUAAAUAAGCCUUGUUAUACAUAAACGUAACCACAGCAUCAGACAAAAAACAACUAUCUGAAUGAAAAAUAGAGGGCGAUCUCUUCAUCAAU